UGUAGCUUGGGGGUUGUAUCUUCAGAGAGGGAGGAGACGCUCGUAGAAAACACUGCUAGCUUCAGCAGAGGAGCUGCUGCUAGGCAAUUACAGCAGCGACGAACCGAGAGAGAGAGAGAGAGAGGAGGGUGGCCACCGAAACUAAUCAAAAAGAGCCAGCACCUGAACCAUCAAUCGAUUUCUAACAGAUAAAAGGCGAUCAAUCAAUCAGCCGGCAGGCUAACCUUCGGGGAAACGCGGAAGUGUAACUCAACGUCAACGUGACUUAUUAUCUAUCGGUGACAACAUGGCUGAAUCUACCGUUAGCAUCGACAAGAACAAACUACCUGGAGUGAAAGAGGUGUGCCGAGACUUUGCCGUGCUGGAGGACCACUGCCUGGCCUACAACCUCCAGGAGCAAGAAAUCGAGAGCCACUUGGCGUCCAACGUCAAUAAGAGCCGUCUGGUGCAGACGGACCUGCAGGUGGCCAAGAAGCUGCAGGAGGAGGAGGAUCUGAGGGCCAAGGGCCAGAACCAGAAACAGCACGUUGACAUCGAGCGUCAAGACAAUGAGAUCGCCCAGGAGAUUCAGGAUCAACUGGUCCGACAGGCAGAACAACAGCGACAACAGGAAGAGAAGGAUGCGGCCAUAGCUCGUAAGCUGCAGGAGAAGGAGAUGAAAGAGGAGAGGAGGAGACAGAAGCAGCUGGAAGCAAACUUUGAGGAGGAGUACUUUGAGGAUCACGGAGCUGCAAGACAAACCCUUGACUUGGACAAACCCGCCCGCCACAAAUCAAGUUCCCCAGGCCGACAUGACGCACACGCACAUCGUGAUAACUCCCCAGAUUAUAGCUCGACCGAGCCCAAAAGGAGCAGGUACCCAAGGCAGGACCCAGCAGCACCCCACAGCCGAUCCAGAUACCCUGAGCACCACCUAGUGGCAGAAGGAGGGCGAAGCAGACAUGCAGAUCCGUACCCAGAGCACCUGGUGCCCCAUAGAGGCAAGCAUGGGGACAGGUACCCAGACUAUGAGCCCACAGAGACCGGCAGAGCCAGGGUCCCACGGGGGGAGGACACAGAGAGAGUGGUGAGGAGGAAAGAGAGACCAACCAGGCCACCUCCACCACAAAGCACCAUAGAGAGAGACAAGGCCUGGGACAGAAAAGGGGACAGGCAUCAUGAACGAGACAGGGGCAGAGACCUGGAAUGGGAGAGGCACAUGGGAAGAGAGCAGCAGAGGAGAGACAGGGAGCAGGACCCUAGAGUGGGGAGAGCUGGAGGAAGAGAGAGGGAAAGAUCCAGAGAAAGAGUACUGAGUGGGGACAGACAGAGAGAGAAAGACAGGCAGAGACAGAAAGACAAAGACAGACAACGAGCGAGGACCAGGAGCACGGAGAGAGUGCUUGAGGAGGAGCCGGGGCACAGCAGGGACUUGCCCAAGGAGGGCAGGUCUUCUUGGGAGGAGGAAGGGGAUGCUGGUGAGAGGGAGAGGAGGGCCGGAGGCCGGCAGCGUGUCCACUCCGGCCCCGACGAGGUGUUUGACGAGCUGGAUGAGCGGGGCGGGGGUCCCGGCAGGGAACGCAGUCAGUCCCACACCAACGGAGAGACAGGUCGUAUCGUGCACCGAGGGAGCGGAGCAGUGAUUGCAGAAACUGAGUACGGAGUGAGCGAGGCCACCAAGGGUUUGACGAAGCUGGAUAUCCGCGAGCAGGAGCUGAAGGACAUGGAGGUGGCCAGGAAAAUGCAAGAGGAGGAAAUCAAGGCCAGCAAGAUGCAUGUGCGUGCAGCCCAAGUGGCGCAGGAUGAGGAAAUCGCCCGACUGCUGAUGGAAAAAGAGAAGAAGGAGUACAGGAAGAACCAAGAACGGGAGAACGACAGAGAGCGGGAGAAAGAGAAGGAGCGAGAGAGGGAGAGGGAGAGAAUGGCAAUGGAAAGGAGGCGGCCGGAGGGAGACCAUCGGCCAAACUCGGAGGAAGUAGUCCGGCCCAGAACACGAGAUGAGCAUGAACACCAGAGGCAGAGGAACCACCACAACAACAAACCUGACAGGCCUCCUCAGCCUCGUGCACACGACUAUGAGAAUGUGAACUCUAGCUACGGCUACUCGGACCACCACGCUCCCCCUCGCGCUCCCACCAGACCUGAGGCUGCUCACAAAGGUGCCUAUUACAAGCGGUGACUCAGGCUCUCUACCGACAUGCUGUCAGUCCUCCUCCAUCCUCUUCUUCUUUUUUUAAUUUAUCUUUUUUGUUUUCAACCAUUCGCACUCUGUUGACCAAAAGCCUUGGGACAAUCUAAUGAGCUGGCAAUGGGAUUUUUUUGUUUUUGUUUUAAUACCCUCCAAAGUCGGCCCAGAGUUUAAGGAAGUUAAGGGCCUGUGAGUGCUGGAACCACACUCAUCUUUUCCUUUUUCUUUUUUAUUUGUAAAUUGUGAUUAUUUCUUUUAACUGACUCGACAUCAAGGCAAGCCAAAACAGCCGCCUUAGUUGUGACAUCAACUCCCCUUGAUUCUUAGCUGUUGAAACCUCCUGUGGUCAUUAUGUGCUGAUGUUCGUCCAUCACAAGGGCUCGAGGCCUCCGCUGGAUAUAAACCAUGCAAUCUCUAAAUUCCUCAUGACUCUUCAUGGGACGUGCCUGUCUGGUCCAACACGGCUGCUGCUGCUGCUGCUGCUGCUGCUGCUGCUACAGUGUCUUAGAUACCAACAUGGCAGCUGCUUUCUACACCCGUGCUGCAGUUCUGUUCUCUUGUCACGCUGUGCAACGAGGCUACUUAUCCAUGUGCCACGCAGCUACGACUCUGGAGGGAUUCUGUUUGCUGUAUUCAAACAACACAAAACAAAUAAGCCUUUUUAUCAAGAUGCUGGUAGUUUUGGCUUCGACUUGUUUUCCCACCAUGUUCCAGUGCCGAAGGAGGUGGAGCUUUGUGAUGAUCUAUGGACAUUUUAGUUGGCUGUUUUCUUCUGCUUGUGAGGGACUUCACCCUUCAAACUGUGGACGGAUGAUACUCUUGUGUAUGACUCACUGUUUCUAUGUGCAUGCUUACUGAAAGUGUACAACUGUGUACAUGCAUUUCAGCUCUAUAUCAAAUGAUCUUUGUCAGAAAGGGCUAAAGCCACAAAACGCCAAUAAUCUCUCUCUUUCUCUUUUGUGAAUGAACAGAAUAGUUCAUAUCCUGCUGUACAAUAUAUCUGCCGCUCUUUCAUAUCGGCUCAUCAUUUACAAAAACCAAAACUGGCCCAUAAAAGAACCAGUACCAAAAUGAAAUGCAUGUACAUUGCUUGUCUGUGUCAAAAAUCUGAAUUCAUGCUCGUGCUUUCGGCACAGACGUCGCGCGAUUGAAUAUUUGCUCUCGUUUUAUUUUAAUGUAAAUAUCAAUUUUUUUAUUUUUUAUUUUUACUUGUGCCACCAAAUUAUGUUGGAAAAUACAAGAUUCUCUCUUCAGUCCCUUCAUCUUGUGUCCCGCUAGUUAUCUUUGUUCAGAAAGGGAGUCUUAUAUAUUAUUUUUAUACAAUAUUUAGUUGGUCUUUCCUCAGAUUGUUCCCUUAAUUUCCAUCCCCCCCCAUCAAGCAACAUCCAGGCCUCUUCUCUUUGUCUCAAGCUUAAAGGCAGCCGACAUCACUUCCUGCUUGCAGAAAACACAAACAUUCCCACAAUAGAAGUGAAUCUGGAUGGAGGGAAAUCGGCUCAAAUAGAUAUAUAUUACUGCACAAAGGGACCUAUUUUUGUGUUUUUACUACUCCGGGAUCCAUUAUUUUCUGUUCAUAUUGAAUAAUGAGGAUGAAAAGGAAAAUGAAGAGCACAGUCGAGCUUUUGAGUCUACUGAAAUGUUUAAAAGUGAUUCAGUCUUUGAACAUUUUAGUGCCGCUUCCAGGUGCUCACGUUGCUAAAAUUAUAAACUGAUUCCCUCCCUGUUCAGAGAAAGAGGUGUUUGUAUUGCCGAGGACAAACGCGUAGGUGUUAUUGAAUUAUAAUAAUGUGCUAAUUGCUGUUGACAGAAUGAGAUUUGUGCCAUAUGUUUGUAAUUUUUUUUCAGGGACUUGAAAAUGGGGGAAAAGCUUAAGAGUUGUAGUGGAUGUAGCAGAGCUACCACACCCGCAGAGGUGGGACUCCUUAUUUAUUGUUUGGUGAGAGCACCACCAUGUGGACAAAUGAAAAAACAGUGUACAAAAACUGACAUGAUCGGGAUGCGUCUUUGUGUAUUUGUGGAUGUUGUGCAUCGGACAUGGAGUGUUGUCUACAUCAAACAUCGAGUGCUUUUUAAUUUUCUUUAAUCCAGGGCUUGUAUGCAAUCUACCAAUCAUGAAUCAACACAUACUGUGUGUGUUGGCACUUGCUGUAACAGGAUUUUUUUUAAGUAAAACGAAUUAACAAGUUGCUUUUUCCUAUAGCAUCUCAAAGUGUAAUAAACUGUAUCAGCAUUUCCACCGUU